CAAACAUUGCCCCUCCUGUCCGUUUAAACCGAGAAGACACCCAUACCAAGUCCUCAAAGCAAAAAAAAAAAAAAAUAAAUAAAAGGGUGCCAAGAAGCUGGGACGGAGGAACGUGGGUGUAAAUAGACAGUGAACGUUGUUGCUCUCUCUCUCUUUCUCUCUCUCUCUGUCUCCCUCCCUACCCUUCUCCUUUCCUCUCCUUCUUUCUCUCUUUUAUGAAAUCAAUGAACGAGUUAUUGGGUAGGACAUAAAUAUAAGGAAUCAAAGCCUCUAUCGGGACCAACUGGGCACUGCACGCUUUUUUUGAUAUGAGUCUUCGCUGCACGCUACAUGUGUUUUCCAAUCAUUGUAAAUACUGGCUUUGAUAGGACGAGAGAGGACCCUCUCUGGCACGGCUUGGUCUUGGAACCCAAAUUUUCUCCUUUCUUUUUAUUUUUUUAUUUUCCCUCUUCUUCAAAAACGACUCUCCGCCCGUCGCCGUCUGCCGCCGUUGUCCUGCAUACAUCCCCAACUCUCCCCGCGGCAGGUCAGAAGAUGGCAACUUUAACCAACGGGCAGGUGGACGGCGCGGUGCACGGUGUCGGCGUCGUGUCUGCCAGCACGAACGGGCUCGUGAACGGAUUAAGCCACAGCUCAGCGGGAUGCCCAGCCACCAUACCCAUGAAGGACCACGAUGCCAUCAAACUCUUCAUCGGCCAGAUCCCGCGCAACCUGGACGAGAAGGACCUCCGGCCCCUCUUCGAGGAGUUCGGCAAGAUCUAUGAGCUCACUGUGUUGAAGGACCGCUUCACGGGCAUGCACAAAGGCUGUGCCUUCCUCACCUACUGUGCCAGAGAGUCAGCCCUGAAAGCCCAGAACGCAUUGCACGAGCAGAAGACCCUGCCAGGAAUGAACAGACCAAUCCAGGUGAAGCCAGCAGACAGUGAGAGUCGAGGAGAAGACAGAAAGCUCUUUGUGGGCAUGCUUAACAAGCAGCAGUCAGAAGAUGACGUGCGACGCCUCUUUGAGUCCUUCGGUAGCAUUGAGGAGUGCACCAUCCUCAGAGGUCCUGAUGGGAACAGCAAAGGUUGUGCGUUUGUAAAAUACUCGUCUCAUGCUGAAGCUCAGGCAGCCAUUGGUGCACUUCACGGGAGCCAGACAAUGCCUGUGGGUGCACAGGGUGCCUCGUCCAGUCUGGUGGUAAAGUUCGCUGACACGGAUAAGGAGCGCACCAUCCGCCGCAUGCAGCAGAUGGCCGGUCAGAUGGGCAUCUUCAACCCCAUGGCCCUGCAGUUUGGAGCCUACGGAGCAUACGCACAGGUGCAGCAGCAGGCAGCAUUGAUGGCGUCUGUAGGACAGGGGGGCUACCUCAGUCCAAUGGCAGCCUUUGCAGCAGCCCAGAUGCAGCACAUGGCUACCAUCAAUGGCCUCCCCGGAGCACCGCUGACACCUACGUCAGGUGGCAGCACUCCCCCGGGCAUUAGUGCCCCCACAGUGACCAGCAUCCCCUCACCCAUCAGCGUCAAUGGAUUUACCGGCAUGCCACCGCCCCAGGCCAAUGGGCAGCCACCAGCAGAAGCUGUCUUUACCAAUGGGAUCCACCAUUAUCCUGUGUUGCAAGAGGUGGUUUUUAGGGAGGACUCAGAGAAAAACGGCUUGGGCGUGGCUCCGAGGAGUUGUUUUGGGGUUCAGGGUGGCUGCUUCCUCUCUUCUCUAUCAGAAGCAGCUCAAAGUCCCACCGCAGCCGAUCCUCUCCAGCAGGCUUACACUGGAGUCCAGCAGUAUGCAGCAGCCUACCCCGCCGCAUACGGUCAGAUCAGCCAGGCCUUCCCCCACCCUCCGCCCAUCAUUCCACAGCAGCAAAGAGAAGGACCAGAGGGUUGCAACCUGUUCAUCUACCACCUCCCUCAGGAGUUUGGGGAUGGAGAGCUGAUGCAGAUGUUCCUGCCUUUCGGUUUUGUCAGCUUUGACAACCCAGGUAGUGCCCAAGCUGCCAUCCAAUCCAUGAACGGCUUCCAGAUUGGCAUGAAGAGACUGAAGGUCCAGCUGAAGAGGCCAAAGGACGCCAACCGCCCGUACUAGCCCUCCUCCCCUGCCCCAACUGGCCAACGCCAUCGUGGCCGACGGGGGCAGGCGCUGUCAACAGGAGAAGACAGGAUUUGUUGAGCUGAAUAACAUGUUGACCACUUGCUACCAACUGCUGAGUUAAAACUCAGCCUCCGGACCACAAAGGCUGCUUCAGAGAAAGAGAGAGGAGAGUGAGCAUUGGCCAGGUCCAGGACACCUCCCUUUGGAUGUACUUAAACUAGUGAACUCAAGAGAGAAUUUCUGGUUAGCACCAUGACUUCUUUUUCUCCUGCACACUAAUAUACACCUCCUCCACCUAAAAACCCUGCUUGAAUGACAGCUACCUUUUUCUGGACCACAAACACUUUUACUUGAAUGCUGAAAGGGGGAAAAAAAGUUAAAGAUCCUACAUCAGACCUACUGAUUAUGACCAUUUCUACUGAACUCUGCAAGGGAAUAUGGAUGCCAAAAGUCCAACAGGAAAUAAAAACUUUUUAAAAACUGAAUAGAGGAUUGCCAUAGGAGAUCCUUCUGUGAGAUGGUUUGAGUUUCUUUUUGGACAAAUGACUUUUGAAGACCAAUUUCUAAGACUUCAAGCAACUAAGUUCAAAUUGUAAGAGAGGGAGAGAGAACUGCAGUAGGGAAUGUGACAUUUUCAGGACACAGAUUUGGGAUGGCCAUCUUCAGCUCGGAGUGCCUGUCUGUUUCCAGGGAACACCGUUGCAGAGGAGAGCCACGGCAACGGUUUCCAGGGAGUCUUAUCCGUCAUUCCUUAGUUGUUUUAGGGACCAAAAGACCAAACGUUUUUAUUGCUGAGGACUUGUAGCUCUAAUAUACUUGGACCACUGCAUCUCUUUAAGUCAGCGGCGCCUGCCUGGAGAGUUGCACUUGAAACAAGUGUACAUUUCGAAUAUAUACAAAACCUGUAUAUAUACAUAUAUAUUAAUGAUAUGCUUUUUUGGAAUACAGGCAGAACUAUUUCAGAUGACCAAAAAGGGUCUCUCACUUCGUUAGUUUACAAUUACGCAAAAUGUUUAUUUUUGUUCCCCUUUUCAUUUUUGUCUCGGGAGGGAUGGCGAAUGCAUGGGAGGGGCUGCUCCGUAUCACAGCCUUAUCUUUUUUAAAAUCGACAUCCUAACCUCACAGAUAAAAGAACAUCCGAAACGUUUGAAAUAUAUGAACUUGUUUAUAUUUGCAGUACAUAUAAAUGUAUAACAAGCAUUCAAGGCAAUGUAUUCAUAUAUACAGUAUAUAUGGAUAAUAGAUAUUAAUCACAAAUAUAUGUAUUUAUAUGCACAUAUUUUAUAUAUGUGUGACUGUACAUAGAGCGGCUACUGACUAAGUUGAGCUGUCCUUUUUUUGUAGAGUUUAGCAGGAGUUUGAAGCAUUGCUCUGCUUGGGAAGACCCGCACAUCUGGCAGCUCCCCAAAACUGCAGGCAUUCCUAUCUCUGAUAACAAAUAUGCUGACACAUGACAUGUUACUAAAAAAGAAAGAAAAAAAAAAGAAAAGAAAAAAAGAUCAGCGCAUAUGAGAAAACGUAUCUUCUGUAAAUAUUAUCUGAAACAUGCAAAAAGCCACCUCUCAGUAGCAGGCUUUAAGAGAAUCAGGCUAAAGAGGAUUUUUUCUUUAGAAGAAAAGGACAAUUAUCUUCGACUCUAUUCCAAAACAUAUCAUGUGAGCUCACACACACACACACACACACACACACAAACUUCUCUUUGAAACUUGAACCAAAACGAAUACGUCUCACAACCCUUGCUCUCUUUUGCAUUCAGUAAAGUGCAUGUAGCGUAUGGGCUGUCACCACGUCGAGGUGUGCCUUGUCACCUGCAAAAUCUGCCAUCCAGCACUGUGCUCACACAAAAAUGAAAACAAAAACAAAGACAGACACAAAGAACCUGAACACACAUUUCUGCAAGCAGCCAAUGCGCUAUUAUGAUGUCAAAAAACCCCAGGCAAAUCCAUAUCAUUUCUCAGCCAUGUAGAGAGCUUUAGCGCAUGUCAAACAGAGCAAAUCGUGCGAUCACUGUUGGGUCUACCUUUGUCUUUGCAAAAAUAAACAAAAACAUGCAUUUAAAGCGGAAGUAGACACGUGAUCAGACUAUAAAACGUGGGCAUUAGGUAACCUGUUGGCACAGGUGUUAACUAUCAAAGCAGUGUGCAGGGCUCCUGUAACUAUCUUCCUCUGGUCGAAGCUGGAGAAUAAAGUAGGCGUGACUGAAUGAGGGAAGUGACUGAGCAGUAUUUACAGCUAUGACGUUAUUGCAAUGAGGAUAAAGAUGAUCGAAAUCUGGUUUCAUAUAACGUUUUAAUAGCAAAUCUCUGCUGGCAACGUGAAGCAUUUACUUUUAACUUUCAUUAUGCCUAAUAACAUCUUCCCAUCUGACUUAAUAAAUAUAUAUAUAUAUAUAUAUAUAUAUAUAUAUAUAUAUAUAUAUAUAUAUAUAUAUAUAUAUAUAUAUAUAAAAUGGACAACAACACAGUUCUGGAUAACCCUGUCAAAGAUGUGCAAAAAGCCUUAAAAUACUUGGUUGUUAUGGAGACGUUGUGACUUCUAGGAUCCUAUUCUUUGUUACAGUUGUCUAAUAAUACCUUUAAGAAACUUUACUGUUUCGUCAAACCAUCCUGCUCACUGUGCAGUUCGACAUCUUAGAAAAGUUUAUUUAAUCUUUUCAAAGGGGAGUGUUGGCCUAGCUGUUAGGGCAGUACACUUGUGCUCUGUGAAGGCUACAAGUACCGGGUUCGAUUCCCAAAGCCUGCACUCUGGGUUCCUGAGCAAGGACCAUAACCCCACACUGCUCUUCGGGCGCCGCACAAUGGCAGCCUACUGCUCCCCAAGGGGAUGGAUUAAAUGCAGAGAGUUGAUUUCCCCAUUGUGAGACAAUAGAGGGAUUUACAUUUUCAUUUACAUAAAUAUUCCAUUGAAAAAGCGAAUCUCCAUUCUUUAUACACAGUAUGAGGUUUCAGUGGUUUAUUUUUCCUAAAUUCCUAAUUAUGUUGUAAACCAGAGUCAGCAACCUCUACGAUUGAAAGAGUCAAUAUUACCUUUGUUGUUGGUUACAGAAAAUCACCUUCCAACGAGGACUUCAAUUGCAGUCUAAACAGUACAAAACUAUAGAUGAAUAUAGAUGAAAUACGAUCAAGUUUCUUUAAAAAAAUGAGAAGGAAAGUUCAGUGGAAGGAAUAAUUGUGGAAUCAACCGGUUUUACAUUUUGGUUUGAAUGAGUAAAACAGAUGAACUUUCUAAUUUAAUGAAAUACACUUAUAAACUUGGGCUAUCCUCCAGCCUAGUAGAUUAUAGUUCCAAUAGUAAAUGAAGUUUUUUCAAACUGUUCCUGUACAUUUGCAAGUGCAAGUUUUUUUGCAUUAACUUCUUGCUGUUCCCUAAUAGCUAGGAAGAGAGGACAUCAGCCUUACCUAAAUGGGAUAUUUUCUGUUGUCUAUCCCAAUGUAAAGAUCUGUGAAUAGAAACUAGCCCUUUUACACAUUUUUCUACCUCCAGAGUAACAGGAAGUUUUGGACCACCAUUUAAAAGUCCCGUUGCACAAAAAAUAGGGAAAGAUUUUGGUUGUUUACUGAAAUUACAUUUAAAGAAAUUUAUUUUAUUGCUUUUUACACAUCUUUGCCAUAAUUUGUAUUCAGAAAUGAAGGCUCUACUGCCUUCAGCUCCAAAAUGAAGUUAACCCUUCCACUUAAUGCAACUGCUCUCUUACUGAGGCUGACUUCAUGAUUGCUCAGCAUAGAGUUUUCUAUAGCAUUCCACAGGAAAAUGUUGUAAACACCUACUAUACACCUCUAAAAGGUCAACAGACGUGGAUUUAUUGGACUCCCCUCAACACAUAUUGAGCUGGUGGGAAUACUUAAUGAAUAUUUAUAGAUAUGCAUAUUUAUAAGGCUAUAUGACACUUUUGGAAGACAAUGCUUCCCGUUAGGUGCCAUUACCAGUUUAGCUAUAAACUGCUCAUUAUGCUGGUUCCCUGGCGUCUGCAUCUAACCUUUUUUAGCUCUUUGAAUAAUUUAACAUUUACCUCCCAAAUCUAGCAAGGAAAGAAAACAGCCACUCCACACAUCCCGGCUUGUUUUUUUUUUUUUUUUUAGUGCAGUACUUAAUUCACCAAGCGUGUGAUUUAGUGCAACCAAGAUGACCAACAUGAUUAGGUGCAUUUAAACAAACUGUUUAUGUUUCAAAAUAACAUCAACAAAAAUGUGGCUCAGCCUUAGCCGCUGAUCGCAGCUCCGUCUACCCCUUUUUGACUUCCCCGCUGCUGCACUGAGAAAUCUUUCAAAAAACAAAGAGAAGCGUACACAGAGCUUGUCUGAGCAAUCAUCCAUGUCUUUUACCCAUGUUUUCAUGAUGUAAGGAAAGGUAAAGCAAUCAUGUGAAGUAUUGGAAAUCUUCACUUGCUCUGAAUCAAAGCUGCAAGUUUACAGGUUGGAAAAAAAGUGAAACUGACUGGUUCAACAAGAGACAGAGCAGAAGUUUGAAUAUAAAUAUAUAUAAAUAUAUACAUAAACUGAUGAAUAUACUGUAAAUUAUUUCUUUUUUGCUCUGUUUUUCCUCUGUACAUAGGUUUGCAUAUUUUAUAGGACUUUUACUUCCAUCUACAAGGACUGGAUAAAGUACUUUAAAUACUUUAAAUAAAUAUAUAUAUAAAUAUGAAUAUAUGAAUGAAAACACGAUAAUGCUCAUUGAAACCAGGUACAAAAAAAAAAAGAAAAAAAAUACAGUCGCUAGGUUACGGUGAAAACUGUAGGACCUGACCAAGGCAUUUAUCCAGAAUACAGUCAGGGAGAGCAUUGACCUCAGUUAGAGCUUAGACACACAUUGACCUAUUUUAUAAAAACAAAAGGUUUAAAAAACUUCAGUGGGUUCUAUUCAUUUAUUCCUUUAGAUAUUUGUUUAGGAGUCAUGUCUGAGAUGAUAUGCAUGCUUUCACAGCAUUAUUUUUCUAUGAGUUGGUACGUGACCAAAUCUUUUUUUAUAUGACAUGCAUGGGCUGCCGUCGUGGUCCAUAGAUGAUCUUUGUUCCUGCCUGAGGGACCAAACCUUCAGCACUUCUUUGGUGAUGGAGAAGAAAAACCAAAAAAAAAAAAAAAAAACUCCUAUUGACCAACUGAUGUCAGAAACAGAUUUUAAUCAUUUAUUUAUCUAUUUAUUUAAUUUAUUGUGUAUUUAUUUGUGCUGUUAGAUUCAAGAUCUGAGCUCUGCUGUCGCCCCUAAUCCUCAAAAGCCCUAAUCUGAAUUUUACUUCUUCAAUGACUGAUUUUUUUUUUUUUCUUUCACAAAUGAACUCAACAAUGCAGUAAAACGCUAAAGCCUUAUACAUACUGUAACUAUAGAUUCAUGCUGUUCUGGAAAAAACUGUUUUUUGUCAGGAAAUUGUCCUCUUGUUAUUGGGCCUUUUCUCCAAAAUUGGUUAAACUCUUGGAUAUUUCGUUCCAAUAGGUUUCGCAAUUAGAAAUAAUUGUUUCUUGUUCAUCACUACUUGCAUUUGUUUUUCAUUGUGACUUCAAGUAUUUGACAGAGCUCUGAUCUUGUUCAACCCAUAUUUUCUGCCAAAAACAAAAUUCAACAAUGACUGCACUAAUUCAUCAAAAAGAGAAAAGAAAAAUCCAGGUUUCUUUUUAUUUAUUUCUUUUUUUUCUGUGCUAUUACCAGUGUGAUCUUAUUUCUAAGGCUCAGUAGUGUUGCUAGAAUCACAUUUUACAUCAUGUGGUUUUCAAAGUGUUCUGGAAAUCUACUGUAUUUCCCAAAUUUCAGCACAGAUGGAGGGCUGGGGAAAUGAAUGUUGCAUAUUAAAGCUUUGCCAGGUUCCUAAUGAGCUGAGCUUCUGAUUGGGCAGUCCGCUUUAGGGUCCCGCUCCUCCCACCCCGUCUCUCCAGACUGCACCAUUCUCUGGUCCCCUGGACUCCUCUUUUUGUAAUUUUAAAUGAAUGAUGCGUCUCAGCUUAGCCCAAUAAUAAAGCACAGUCUAGAAUAAUG